AUGACUCGUAUAGAAGAUUUAGAACGUCUAUUUCAACAGGUUAUGAGCUCCUUUAAGCUUCCCGAUGAUUUUGUUAUGCUAACUGAUAGUAGCACGUAUUUGCCAUGGCGGAGAAGUCUUGAAAAGCCUCUUUGUACUAAGACGGCGUCCAGAAGUUUUGAAGCCUUUAUCAUUGCAGGUACUAUUCCUGACUUUCCGGAUGAUCUUACUAUUGUUGAGAAAGAUAAGGUUUUUGAGACUCUUGAGCAUAUAGCUCAUGAUAUUUUUAUCAGUACUCUCUCAGAUCCUAUUUGUCAAAGUUUAACUCUUCAUUCCGUUACAACAUUCACCGCUGCUAACAAAUUUAUUUCUGAAAAAUAUGGGUUUCCUACUGUUUCUCACUUGAUUAACUUCUAUGAUUCCUUGCACACAACGGAUGAUUAUGCACUUACUUGCGCUGAGGUUAAACGCAUUCAUGAAUGUUACUCCCCUGCUGAAUUGGCUGUGAUUUUUCUACUCUUGGCCCAACCUACUUCUAUUCAUCACGCCUUUGCCUCCCUGGUUCAAGCCCUUCCACCAAUGAUCGUCGAUGGUGUCCCACGUCGCGCACCACUUACUUUUGAUUUAUUCCAGUCGGUAUGUGCGUCUGAAGCUAUGAGAGAACCAAAAGUAUUGUCCACUGAAAUGACUCUUGCUACCUUCAACAACAGACGACCAUUUCGUGCAGGUACCAAAAGACGAUUUUCGUCACGCAAGUUUAUCUGCUACAACUGUGGUAAACCGGGCCAUGGUAUUCCUGAGUGUCAACAACAACUUCAAAAACCCUUUCGAUUUGCUCCUAAGAAUAAGUAUGUUAAACAUACUGAUGGACACCCAAAUUCCGCUUCGCGUUCUUCUGACGCCGCCUAUUUAGCUGAUUCUCAAUACAUGUCUUCAAGAACCUAA